UGCGGAAGUGUUUUCAAGAGCAGCAACAGCAGCACAGCCGCAGCUGCCACUGUUUGGGUAAACGCGUCGCUGUUACCCUAGCAGGCUUCCUUGCCUCCUCUUCUCUCCUCUGCGUGGCUUGUCAGCGUGCAUCUGGACCAGGCAGAAGAGGACUAUUAUGUGAGCUCUGCGCCAAGUUGUGGGAGCACCGUGCAAACUGAGUUUUUUUGAGUCAUCUAUAUGGGCCAUCUUCUCUCGAAAAAUGGUUACCGCCUGAAGAAGAGGUCUCGCAAGCAGCAUCACAAGAAGAAGAAGAAGAGGAACUGUUUCCUGCAGGGGCCUUGCAUGCUCUGCUUCAUCGUCCACAGUGGUAGCAGCAGCAGCAGCAUCAGCAGCAGCGGCGGCGGUGUUGUCGGUGGCCUCCACGACGACAACGACCCAUUGGAGCCCACCGGCGUCAACGGCAAUAACAGCGGCAUCGGCGCAGCGGUAGCUGCCUCCAAGCUCGCAGAGCGGUACGUGACGCUCGCUUCUCCUGAGGACUGCUCCAAGUUCCUGCUCACUUCGCCAGAGUUAACUAUUUGGGAGGGCCAGGGGAGGAGCCUGUUGUCAGCAGUUCCGGCUAAACUGAUUCCACCGCCUGCUCUGUUUCGGACUGCUGGCGUGUCUGUGACUGUACCCAUUCCUGUGCCUGUACCUGACUACACCGAGAUGGUGUGUAAGAGGAAGUGUUCAGAGGUCCAGAGGUGCACCCCUUGCAACAAGCAGCCACGCUGUGCCUUUGCUGCCCCCGAUGGGGGCUUGGAGAACGGCGGAGUGGGAGGAAGUGCUGGAGAGGCUUCUACGAACUCUGAAACUGGCCACUGCCACCUUCCACUCUGCGCACUUCCCUCUUGCUCCUCCUCCUCGUCUUCUCCAUCCUCCUCCUCCACACCGGCUGAUGGCCAGGUCGGUCCGCCCCAUAGCUUGGAGAUGUCCCCCUCCAGCCUGCAGAACUACGACGACUGCCAAGUCAAAGGUUGUGAUGCUGCUGACCCUUUAAGUAUCAACCACCUGCCUUCCUCCAUUCUUCUUAAGGUUCUCUCAAACUUGACGGUGAAGGAGCGCUGCCUGUGUGCUUCUUUAGUCUGCAAGUACUGGAGGGAUCUCUGCUUGGACUUCCAAUUCUGGAAGCAAAUUGACCUCAGUGGCCUACAACAAGUAAACGAUGAUCUCCUGGUGCAAAUAGCCUCUCGGAGGCAGAAUGUGACGGAGAUAAACAUCUCAGACUGCAGGGGGGUCCACGACCACGGCGUCUCGGCUUUGGCCUCUCACUGUCCAGGUCUGCAGAAGUACACGGCGUACAGGUGCAAGCAGCUGGGAGACUCAUCCCUGGCUGCCUUGGCUGCACACUGCCCUCAGCUGGUGAAGGUGCAUGUAGGCAACCAGGACAAGCUGACAGACAGGGCGCUUAUAAAGAUAGGAGAGCGCUGCAGUGAGCUGAAGGACAUUCACCUGGGUCAAUGUUACGGCGUCAGUGAUGACGGCAUGGUGGCUUUGGCCAAAGGAUGCCCCAAACUGCAGAAGCUGUACUUGCAGGAGAACAAACUGGUGACUGACCAGUCGGUGCGAGCAGUGGCUGAGCAUUGUCCAGAGCUGCAGUUUGUUGGAUUCAUGGGAUGCCCCGUGACGUCCCAGGGAGUCAUCCAUCUCACCGCACUUCGCAACUUGACCGUCCUGGACCUGCGGCACAUCUCCGAGCUGAACAAUGAGACGGUGAUGGAUUUGGUAAGGAAGUGUCGCGAACUCAGCUCCCUCAACCUCUGCCUCAACUGGAGCAUCAAUGACAGGUGUGUGGAAAUCAUCGCCAAGGAGGGGCGGAGCCUCAAGGAGCUCUAUCUGGUCUCCUGUAAAAUCACCGACCACGCUCUGAUAGCCAUAGGCCAGUUUAGCAGCACCAUAGAGACGGUGGAUGCCGGGUGGUGUAAGGACAUCACAGACCAGGGAGCCAUGCAGAUUGCACAGAGCAGCAAGUCCUUGCGCUACCUGGGCCUUAUGAGAUGUGACAAGGUGAAUGAGGAGACGGUGGAGAGGUUGGUGGUCCAGUACCCUCACAUCGUGUUCAGCACAGUGAUGCAGGACUGCAAGAGAACCCUGGAGAGGGCUUAUCAGAUGGGCUGGAGCCCCAACGCUUCCAAUGCCUCGUAGCUAUGGCUGGAUUACACACACGCACACACACAUACACACACACACACAAAUACAUAUGUAUGUAUGCACAAAAGGACCAUUUAUAUUGCAAACAUUGACACGUGUGCACCGCAUUCUCAGCUCGGUUCUAUUUGCGUUUCAUUUGCUGUUCAAACACGCACGUGAUCACCAGUCUACCAUUAGGUUAUAACCCAACGAAAGCCGAUACGUUUGUCAUCAUCCAGUCCAAAAGCAACAGUACGCUGCUCCUUUUUACUUGAGUGUGUCAAGUCGUUGUGGUAUUUACUACAGCGGAGGAAAGAACACCAACAUCGGUAGACUGCAGUGGACGCAGAGAUGAACGAUAACAACGGCAAUCUCGAAGAGAACAAUCUACACACACCAUCCCGCCAAAGUCCUUUGAGGCGUUCAUUUCCUCCAAGGCGACGCCCACUGGAGACGAAGACCACGACGACACCACCGACUUCUGCGCUCCCGUGAGGGUCUUGGGACAAAUGUGCGAUGUUUAUCUUGACUUUCUUGCUUGUGCGGUAUCAUGUUAAGGGAUUUGUGGAUUUCUGUGUGUGUUUAGAUCUUUUGUAAAUGUUGUCGUGGUGGCACACACACACACACACACACACACGCACCCACACACCCACACAAGAUUGGCUCCAGUUGUGGUCCACCCCCUGUCCCCUCCCUUUUGCAACGGAAUAGCAGGAAACCACAUUGAUUAUGUGUCUAAAAAGUGCAUGAUUAGAUUGAGAUUGGCAUCUGAUUUAGUGACUGAAAAAAGAUCUCAAAUUGGAAUGAGCAUCUGCAUGAUAUCAGAGCAAUACUUUUUUUUCCCAUUGCAUUGCUGGAAAAAGAAGAUGCCUUUACUGAAACAUCAUCCAAAAUCAUGACAGUGGAGCCUCGAAGGUCGAACAACACAACAAUACAUUUUUUGGAUUGUCACAGCAGGAAAUAAUGGGAUUACAGAUCAUCUGUUCCAGUGUCAAACUGUCACCCUCAUUACUUACACUAAAUGUGGAGCAGGCGGUGUUUUCAUUUCAUGCUUUAAAAAGACGUUAAGAUGGGUAUGAUCAUUGAGGAAUUUGAAUUCCGUCAAUUUUGUGGAAUUGAUUGACCGAUCGCGUGUUGAAGAAAUGUUGUCAAAAUGGAGCUGUCUAUCACACAUACACACACACACAUACACACACACACACACACGGUAUAUUCAGUACAGGCCAAAAGUGUGGACACACACAAUACAACCGCAAUGGUCCCAACCCCAUUAAUAAGGCAAGACAUCCCACUACGUAACCCUGACAAGGCACACCUGUGGAGUGAAAACCAUUUCAGGUGACGACCUCGUGAAGCUCAUUGACAGAACACCAGGGGUUUGCAGCGCUGUCACAAAAGAAUUCUGAGACAAAAUAUAUGCCUAAGACAUAUUUAGACUUAUUUCACAGGUUUUUUGUCAAGUACGUAAUUCCACGUGUUCGUUCAUAUAUAUAUAUAUAUAUAUAUAUAUAUAUAUAUAUAUAUAUAUAUAUAUUAUACCUGUAAAUAUAUUUUGGAAACUUAAUUGUCAAUGUGUAUACUAGUCAUAGUUUAUAAAGAUAUAUUAACGGAUUCUUAAUUUAGCAAAAUGUAUAAACCGGUACAUAUAAUAAUAAAAUAAUAUAUAUAUAAUCUUUUAUUAGUUGAAACUUAUUGAAUAUACUAAUAAUAGUAGCCAUUGUAAUAGUCAUUUAUUUGUAAUUUCCCAACAUGUCUAUACAUAUAAUAUGAAUUUUCCAACAUUUAUAUGAACAUAUUUUUCUUCCUCUUUCAUCUUAGUGAGUCAAGGAAAUUGUAUAAAUUUCCAUCCCUAUUUUGUUUGUUUUCUUAUCAUCGAUGCCGACCUGUUGUCGCCAUAUUUGACUGAAUGGCCAAGACGGUUGUGUACCACUUUAGCCACGCCAUAAUAACUUACAUCUCCAGUUCCACAAUUGUGAUCCCUUUUUGUUUUUUCUUCUUUCCAGUCUUUUGGUGACAUCACAAAAAUGCAAAAAAUAGCCCCCCCCAAAAAAAGCAAAACACCGUGCGUCUUUAAUCAUCUGGUUGUUCACUUCCAGUAUUGCAGAUAUUCUCACAAAACAACUUCCCAGGCGUAUAUUUCCGUGUAGUUUUCGACCUUAGAGGUUCUACUGCAUUGACCAAAAGCACUGUAACGGAAAUAAAACCCUUAGCAUGAGAUUUUACACUCAUUUUCAGGUCAAGACCUAGAAAUGUGGUUCCUGCCUCGGACCCAACCUGACAAAAAAAACAUUGUGCGUCACCAUGUAUUCAUGAAGUGUUACUUCCUACAAAGGUGGUGAACUUAGGAAACCCUGCCUUGGCGGAUGGAUGCCACCUAAUCAGUCACACGAAAUAAAUAUGUAUCUUCUCUUAUUUUAUCAUAUUCCCAUUGUAUGCCCUGAUAUAUUCAUAUCCAUAUACAGUAUUUGGGAUUUACGUAGCCUUAUAUUGAUUUUGAGCAUAUACUUGUAACGUUAGCUAUGUAGCAGUUGACAGAGGGAUUUCUUCGUCAUAGAGAUCAUGAAGCAGAAGUUGGACGUAGCGGAGCGUUGAUCAUGAGCCAUCAGCAUGUAGAGUGCAGACAAGCACAGGGUCUUUUUCUACGCCUUCAGCCUCCUCCCAGACUAGUCGCCCGGCUCGGAACAAUAGCUUCUUUUGGACGAUACUAAUGUACAGUACAAUGUCGUUUGAGUACAGCAAGACUUUAUACGGCUUAAGAAGAUUUCACACAAGUAAAAAGUUGAUUUUCCCCUUGUCAGGAUUUGUAGACGUUCCCAGACAGGGGGGCCGCUUUCACCGUCUGUUUUUGUUCUUUUCUAAUCCCCCGUACACACGUUCUCCUCUCUCUGCUAGAUGUUGACAUACUUGAUUCUUGAUUUGUUAAGGCAAGCGUAAAUGACUGCAUUUACAUAAAGAUGAAUAAAACACUACAACUUCAAGCUUUGGCUCGCUUUCUUUUAUACGUGCGUGAAAUUGAGGCGGCACGGAAUAUCUAAAACAGCAGGGAAACGUUUUUUGGGGGGGGGUUUCACUUUGAGUUUUCAUAAAAGUGGAGACGGCUCUUGGCUGCAAGCCUUCGUCUGACUCGUUGUUACUUCAAUGACAUUUCUAGACCAUAAUGAGUAUGAUGGUCAACAUGGUAACAUUAGCAACCAGCAAGGAUUGCACAUGCUAGCGGAUGAAAUGCAAAUAAGGAUGCUAACACGUUGCUCGUCACAUCCAAAGGUCACUGAAUGUACAAAUGGGACAUAGUUUAGGUGUUGUUAGAAAUAAACAUGUCUUCCUCAGAUACAAGAAAUCUUCGUUUUUCCACUUUGUGUUUAUUUGCGACUCAGCUCACUGAUGGUCCAUGUUCUUUUCGAACAGGCACAAACCUUUCCCAGAUUAUUCCUGUUAAAAUACCCAUACUAUUAUAGUAUGUUUCAACAAUUUUAAAUGCAUAUCAGAGGUCCCAAAAUAUUAUAUUUUAUAUUACAGUUGUCCAUCGCAGUUUGAACAUCGCGCCCUCUCUCUAUCGUGGACUUUUAAAAAUGUAUUAUUGAAUAAAUAGUCGCUGUUUUGUGGUUGACUAUAUCCUAUUGUUAAUCAAAAAACAUUGAAAGACAAGUUAUGUUUUGUAUUCUGGUCACUAGGCGUCAAUAAUGUUACCUUGAUGAGACAUGACCUUGGAUGACAUGACCUUAGCACUGCGUGGAGUCAGCCGUGGCAGAGUGGAAAAACUAAGUUCUCCCAUUUCUUGUGGAAGUGGUAAGUUUUCAGCUUCUUACAUUGUUGUUCUUCCCCACUCCUUUUGAAACCCUAUCAUAAGUUUAGAAUCAAGAAAUUGAAGGCUAACUAGUUAGUUCGGUAGCAUGUUAUGCUUAAAGCGGCGGCCGUCUCGUAUGUCUUUGCAGUGAUCCCAUAGCCUGCGCAAUGUGAUGUAAAAAAAUAAUAAUAAUAGGAGUGUAGGUGACUAUAGGGAUUUUAAUUUUAUCUCUACAGGGUUCUAACACCGUAAAACCCUUAUUUAGAAAGUCAUAAAGAGGUUUUCUAUACUCAAACUACAAAAAUAGUCUUCUCUCUAAUUCAUUUAUCAUUAUACUGAAAGUGUUUUGUGCAAAAUCUAGCCUCGAUUCUGGAAUUUAGACAGUUUAAAAGUGCUUUUAGUAAUCCCUACUGCGAACACGCUGUUUUGUGUGUCUGUAGCUUUAACGCUAACGUGCUGCGUUGACAAAGUGUGUGGCUUUUGUGCCCUUUAUCCACUUUUACAUAUGCAACAGUAUAAGACUGAGGAGUGAAACGGGAGGACACCAAUAUGAGCAACACUGUAGCUACUGUAUGUGAGCUACAGUGCUGACAGUCACAAUUUAACAGCGACAUCAUGCUAGGUUAGCCUGUUCGCUGAAGAAAAUCAAAACAAUCAAACGUACUUCUCCUAUGUCUGGAGCUGAUUGACAAAAGCCUGUUUUAUGAACAAAGCUGCCCUCCGUGGUGGGUGUAAGUACUGUAUACACGGGGUGGGUCCGAGGUGGUGUCAUGUCUAAGACGAAGGAGUUUUGACCUUCAUAACCUCAUGAAAACCCACAACUUCAAAAGUGAGCGUCUCUUUCUUGGUGAGAAGGGAGGGAGACGAAAUCUUUUCCUCACAUUAGAACACCAUGAACUCAGUUUUGCAUAAUUGAACAUGUUAAGAAUGUUGUCUUUGAAACCUAUGGAGCUUCAUGUAAAUAACAGAGGGUCUUAUUGUGGUCGUAAAGUGUUGAAAUGAUGUCUGGGGAACGACGAUCGUGUUUACUGAUGCUACUUUUAGUUUGAGCUGCCAGGACAGCCUUGCAUGGCGUCAAUCAACGUGUCAUUUUAGGUCCAGCACUGAGGUAAGUCAAGCGUCGUUAAAUGCAGUCUAUGUGAUAAUGCUGUAAUAUCAGUCAAGAUUUGUUUCCCAGUGCUUGUGCAGAAAGAAAAACCCUCUCCUUCAAUGGCUUGUCCGUUCAUUAGCCGUGACAAGGAGAGACAUGAAUAAUUUGCCUUUUGGCUUUGGCUCCUCUACAUCUGUUUAAGGCCUUCUCAUUUCACAACGACACCACUUUUUAAUGUCUUGGCUACAAAUGAGCUGAUCUCCUCCGCACCACAUUUCCCAUUUCUCUCUCUGGGGUAAAUUAUGCAGCCUGGUGAAUUUUAAUGCCGCCAAUUAGCCCCUCUGCAAAUGUGAGUGUAUGCCAUCGAUUCCCCCGCUGAUUGAGGUGGAUUCCAUCAAUGCUUCGCACUCCUCGGACUUCUGCAAUAUUCAUCAAGGUGGAAAGGAGGCGUUGGGUUGAGAGACUGCCCUCUGGAACGGAGAAAAGACGCUACAUGGUGAGGUUGCUGCAAACGGGAGUGUGUAAUUAAGAUGUGUAAAUAUUCAUGCGGCCGUAAUACAUUUUUAAUGAGGUGCUGGGAAGAACUGACACUGACCAUGCAGGGCGUUAUUACAUUGGACCUGCAAGGACAUCUUUGGAGUUUGGGGGAUCAAAUCAUUGCUGACAGGAUCCCACCAAAUACCAUAUUGACCUGAAUAUAAGACGCGAUGUUUUUGCUAAAGGAAAGUCUACAAACCAACAGGUGCUCUGUCUUCUCCUCUUGCAAGUCAGCGCUUUUCUUCCACUCACUCACACAAAGACGCAACCGGGCCCGUUGGAAGAAUGUCACUCAAAGGUUGUUAGCAAACAACAGAGGAGGAGUCAUGAUGCUAUUUUUAUCAACUCCUGGUGACAAGUGAAGCAGAGUCUUCAACCAGUGUACAGCAGCUAACAAAUGAGAUGUUUUAUGUUUUAUUGUAAUUUACCAGUGUUUUUUUUCACUGAUUUUGAAAACAUGGGUCUUGAAGGAGAGGGAAGUGGACAUCUUUUCUUCCGCUUAUCCGGGUCCAGGUCGCGGGGGCAGCAGUCUCAGUAGGGAAGUCCAGGCUUCCCGGUCACCCGGCCACAGCUUCCAGUUCCACCGGGAGGACACCAAGGCCAGCUGUGAGACAUAAUCCCUCCAUCGUGUCCUAGGUCUGUCACGGGGUCUUCUCCCGACUGGGCAUGCCUGGAACACCUCACCAGGGAGGUGUCCAGGAAGCAUCUGUAUUAGAGGCUGGAGCCACCUCAACUGGCACCUCCUGAUGCGAAGGAGCAGCGGCUCUACUCUGAGCUCCUAAGGGAUGACUAAGCUCCUCAUCCUAUCUCUUAUACUCUGUCGAUCAAUAAUGGAAGGUCCUGCAACAGGUAGUCAAAGACAAAUUUGCCGUUGAGCGGUUUGUUUUUUCUCUCCACCGUUGCUAACGGGAUGUUUUCUACCCCAGGGUAUUCACCAGGCUUGUCCCAAGUCUGUCCUGGCUGCUCCCAACCUCCCAAGGUGGAAUAUUGGUGGAGCGACGAUACGAUACGAUACGAUACGAUACGAUACGAUACGAUACAAGGGAAAAGCGAAUGAAUCCCGACUUGAACCAACUGUGUAAAAGGGGCGGAUGAUGCAUGGCCGUGUGUCCCAAAAGAGAUUUCUGUAAACUGUUUGGACAAACGUCUUGGGAUUAAUUAAUCAGGCCGUUGGCCUGCGGCCGCUUUAGUCUUCAUCCUUCUCAAGACAUUUCGGACUAUUCUUCCAACUUUGUGUAGGAGGAGUUUUGGGAAGUUUCCCAAGGCAAAAAGCAAGGUUCGUUACUGGAUACUUGGAUGACUUUGGUUGGUGUGGAAGACCUGACAGAGACCUGACCUCAACCCCCGUUAAACACCUUUGAAAGCAAGUACAACACAAAGAAUAAAAAUUCCCAUAGAUGCGCUCCAAAAUGUUGAGAAACUCGUCCCAGAGUAAUGGAGGAACUCCAGACUGUCUUCCAGAUGUUUUUUGUCCAUAAUGAGAACCUGCGUGGAAGACAUGAUAAUUGAUCUUCCCAGUUUUAUCCCAUUCAUCUUCCUCUCAUACGUUUCAUCAGCAGUUCUCAUAUUGCAUCCCCUUCCUCAUGUUACCUUCCUGUUCCUCAUGGUUCUUCUGCAAGGGUCCGUUCAUCCUUUUCACUCCACACCGACUGCGCUUUCCUCUGGCAGCUCCUCCACAGCUUUCCCCCUUUACCCAAUCCCAACGCAGAUUCUUCAUCUCCUUUGGAAAUUAUGCUUAGAGAGCCUCGAUAUUUCGGCAUAUAAAGGAAGAAUCAUUCCUGUCCAUCAUCAUACACAGUUCUCACCCCCACUCCCCAGAGGACAAUGCACAUUGGGCAAAGUGCAGUAUGUGGAGUAGUGAAGAUAUUAAUGGGUUGACUUUGUAACUGAUGCGGCAAGAACCGACCCUGAGAAGAUAUUCAUGACUCCAAAGGAACCUGUGCAGUUCUGGCACUUGAGGGGGACCCACAGAGUGGGUUUGAAUUACGUCAGUUGGUUUGUUUUCUUAUAUAUGUGCCCCGUGGUCGACUGCUGAGCACUCCAAAUUUUGAAGUAUGGAGCUUGGACCUCUUUGUGUGGACUUUUCAUGUUCUCCUCAUGCCUGGGUUUUUUCCGGAUGUUUCGGCUUCCUCACGCAGUCCAACAACAUGCAUGUUGUAGAUCAUGCAGGUUAAUUGGAGACUCUAAAUUGUCCUUAGGUGUGAAUGUGAGUGUGAAUGGUUGUUUGUCUAUACGUGCCUUGUGAUUGCCUGGCGACCAGUCCAGGGUGUAGCUCGCCGUCAGCGAGGAUAGGCCAUUCCCGCCGUAUAACAAGCAUUUUAACCAGGCGCUGCAUCUGGAAAUUGGACUGAACAUAAUGGAGUGGAGCCUGAACCGGAAGCUACAAUAAAGCCAGCAUUCCACGCUCAUAAAGAUAAAAAAAUAAAUGAGAUUUGUUAAUCCACUAAAAAUGUUGAUGUAAUAAGCUGUGGCCGCCUGGACAGAAUGUUAGAAUGUGUUGGCAAGGAUAAUGAAGUCCCUCCGACUCUGCAUGGAACGCCUCCGUGUAGAUGUUGUCUCUUCCGCUCUAACAGGAGUUAAUUGCAGCAUUUAGGGCGGAGCUGGGCCGAGCUUCUUCGCAGCAAAGGUUAAUUAGAAACGGACAAAGCAAAAGGAUGUCCGCAUUUCUUUUUCCUGGCGAAAAAUGAGACAGACUCAGUGAUUGGACAGGAAGAGGAACAAUUUCUCUCUACAACGAUCCUCAUUUCCAUGCACGCUCGGCCGUUGAUAUGCAGAUGUGGCGAGCGGAUGACAUUUAAAAAGUACUUAAUUGUGCAAAUCUUUGUUUUACACCAGAAAGGUCAGGGAUAGGGACAAUUUCAUCAUCCAGUGAACCCUCCCUCCCACACGCCCUCCAGCCCCCUUCCUUCCAUGGCUGGCCAUGGCUUUUGAAAGUGUUUCAUGAAUAUUUAGAAGCACAAACUGUUUGAAAAACGUAUUUGAAUCCAAUUCCUAAGUGCAUAAAUCAAAUAAAGUAUCUAUUGGGAAUUCAUUGGCUAUCUUUUCUCUGCUAAUACGGUUUGGAAAACAGGAUGAAGCUGAAUUCUGCGGGUUAGCUCCUGACGUGAAUGCCGACGAGCGUGCACCCGGUAUUGAAGAUUCAGCAGGUGCACAGAUUGGAAAUUUUACACCUGGUUUCUCCUGAAUAGCACAAAUGGGUCUAUAAUUGCUCCAUUUCAUCACUCCCCCACCCUCCACCCCCACCCGGCUUGAUGACAUUAAGGAGAGCUUGUUUUGAGAACAGAAUACAUCCGAGCGGGGAUUUGAGCUGUGGGAUAUUUUGGGAUACUUUACAUUGUACGUCGCUGUAAAAAACACACACGGUAGCUCACAUAGCUAAGUACACUCAUCACAUUUCAUUCACGGUAUCAUUAAAAAAUGUAUUAUUGUAUUGUAUUAUUAUUAUAAAUGUAUUAUAUGGUAGCAUUGAGGGGAGUUGCUGCCGGUGUGCCCAGCAUGCCUUGUGGCUGCUGUGUCUUCACUUGUGUUGCAAGCUAUUUAGACAAUGAUGGUUGAGUCAUUUGCCGUGGAUAGUCAAUUAAUACUGCUAUACCAGCUGUACACUAACUACUCAAAAGUAUCUUCAAUUCUAAAAAUAUAUAUAGAACAAAAAUGCUUGCUGAAAUGUGAGGUGCGUACUCAAUUUUGUCAGGAACUGUAUCUCCAGUCUUGUCACGUUUUUGGUUUCUAUGCAAAACACGAAGAACAACUCGGCCCCAAGACAAAACACAUUUUUCCAGAUUUGGAGAUACAUGUUUUUCAUUACUCAUUGCUCAAUAAGGUUCGACAUGUCAUUCAGCUGACGACUUUUUGGAUCUUACAUCCUCCCGCGUGUGGUUUUCAUCCGGGCCUGUUCAGGAGCUACAGAUGGUCGGGUCGAGGCCCCAGCGGUGUUCUGGGGGUCUCCCGGCCCAACUGCUCUGACAUGUCAGACAUGCUGGUAUGCCUCGUCACUCCCCACUUCUCCAGCGUAACAAAGGUUUUCGGCCAGCUCCCCUCUGGAGCGACAGGCCCAAGUGGCUUGCAGGGACGUGAGGCGUGACGGAGCCCCAGCCUCAAGGCCAAGCGUGUGUGCGCCCCCUCCUCCUCAGAACCCCCUUUCAAAGCCCCCACAAACUACCUCCCCUUUCCUUCCUUUCUCCGGUCCUAGUGUCCAUUUAAUCCCCCUUCAAUUCCAUCUCUCCACACUCAAAGCCUCCAAUCGACCCUGCUCCCUCCUUCACAACACAUUCCACUUUUCAUUUGCCUCCCACAAUUCCUAGCUGCUUACCUUCCUUGGAUCCCCCCCUACCUUGCUUUCUGUCCAGGGGUGUGUAUUUCACACCCUGCUGGCUGGACAGGCUGAGGGUGAUUUCCCAAGGUGCUGUGGUGAUGUCACAACAGCCAGGAUGUGGACAUGAAUAUCAGUUCAUCUUCAUAUUUAGAGGCGGUGAAUUAACAAGUCAUAUAAUGCUUGCUGCUCUUUCCUCUGACCUGUGCAAUAAUGAGGCGCAUUGCUACGCUGCUUUAUGGCUUAUGUUGGACACAUUAUGACACCAGAGGGGCUGAUGUGCGCAAAGCCAGACAAAAUGACAACGAUCCAACUGUGCGUCAUGUGAAAAAUUGUGCAUUCAGUCAACCCAGCAUGCAAGCCAGGGCAAUUGUUUCCCUCUGUACAGACUUAGCAGGGGUGUCCAAUGUCUGGCACGGGGGGGGGGGAUUUGUGGCCCACAGCUUGUUUAUAGGGACGCUGUUUUAUGCUGCCGAUUCCGUUACAGAUCAUCCAUGAGUGAGAUCGCACAUUUUUCAAUUGAUUUAUGAUUUGUGGUAUUGGUCAGCGGUGCAGUAAGACAAUUCCAAGGCCCCCUGGCAAAUAGGUAAUUAUGAAAAAAUAAACAUUUGGGCGGAUUGGGGUUUUUUCUGGCCUUUAUUUGUGUGAAACAAUUUUUAUACUAUUAAUCACAAACUGGAAUUGAAUUUGAUGCAGUGUUUUGGAGUUUUACAUGGGAAAUAACAACAUUAACAGAAUAAAUCCAGUGUCCGGGUUACAGGGGUCUCCAGCUUGCAUCACUAUUAGAGCUCUGUGACUAGCAACAUCGCAAUUGUACACGACUUUAUUGACCAAGCAGAUCUCCACUCAGUGCAGCCAUCGUCUUUAUGCUAUUUUGUGCUCACUUGUCAUUAUACUGAGAUCUUGUCUAAAUGAUACGUGGAUGGUGGGAACUACUUUUUCUUCCGCCUGGGUAAGUGCGUAAUGCAUAAGCGCAGCGGCGCACUGCUUAAGCCACGUUUACACUUGCACGCAUUUCCUCCCCGCAGUGUGGCAGCGUGCCAAUGCGUACAUUGGUCGUAAACAGGUGUGAAAUAUGUGUAAACUGUGCUUGAAAUGUUUAAUGUUUUUGAGGCAUGCAUAAUUUCCUUGAACUAGUUGCGAACGCACCGCGACCAACGCCUAAACAAUGUGGGCAGUGCAUAUCGAAGUGUGUCUCAGCGUGUCCCAUUCACAUGAAUGGGUUAACUUUUCUACCACCUCUUGGAGUAAGUUGGGGGGAAUUCACAAGUAAUUACUGUAGCCCCUUGGAUCAUCUCUGGGAAUUUCUGUUAAUAAGUCAUCAUAAUGCCCAAAAUGAUGUCUUCUAGUCAACAAUUCCCUUUACCACACUGUCCAUGCCUCCUUUUUUCUAUUUUAUGCCUCCUUCCUGCUCUUUCUGCAUUGUCUUGUCUGCAGCUGCAAGAUAAUAUAGACUUAGCUUUCUUUUCUACAAUGAGAAUUUCGUCUUUUAACAUUUUGUCGGCUCGGGGUGAUGCCCGCUGUUGUGUGGCGUCACGAGGGACACAGCCGGACCAAAUAAUGCCAACACUGCUUCACGAAUGCAGGAAGUGGUAGUGACAAUGCACACCCCAUGCAGGAGCAAUGCACGUGGCGUGUACUAUUGUCGUGCACUAGACGUAAACAGUACUUGACAAGGUGUAAAUACUUUGUGCAGGAGUGUUGUCUUUUUAUGCCAAUGCGCCCCAAUUUUCGUUCACGGAUUGUGUGCCUAGUGCAUAAUUUAUGCAUAAACAGAAUGUAAACAGUGCGCAAACUAGUCUUUGUGCUUUUCAGCCAUGCCAUAAGUAAAUAAAUAAAUGACACGCAUGGCCAAAUUGCGCGACACUGCGGGGGCAAAAUCCCUGCAAGUGUAAACAGCACUUUAGUCAGUCAGUUUCAGUCUGUUCAAACGAUGGCCGAUCGUAGUGGAGACGUAUGAAUUACUUUUCAUUCUUAUAGUAGUUCUUAAUAAUUAAUCAUUUAUCUUAAUGGCUUUAUUAAGUUACUUCUUUCCUCUUUGUUUAAAAUCACAUAUUUUAUAUCAUUUUGUCCUCUGUUUUUAGCUUGGCUAUAUUGUAAAUGACGCCGCUACUCAAUAUACUUCAGUUUAAAAUAAAUAAAUAAAGAACUGAGGGCUAUAAAAUACUUUUUGGAAUUGAGCAGACACAUUAGGUGUAUUUGCACAAAGUAUUGGCUUGGGAAGGAAAUCACUGGUAUCGCACAUCACUAUAACGACCUUUGAGACACAAUGGAUUCUAGUGGGUCUCUCGAGGGCACUGGUGUGUGUGAGUGACAAGAAGAAAAGCACUGACUCGCUUGGGUUAAGUCGUAUGGCACCACCGUUGGUUUGCAUGUAUACAUUUGUACAAGUGUUUUUUUUUUUUUUUUUUUUUUACCCCUGUCCUGUCCAGCCUUUAAAGCAGAUAGAAUUGUAUACCUAAAUGCCGUCAAGUGCUCAACAGAUUUACUCUGCCAGAGAGAAGUGUGAUAUACACUUCCCCUGUCAUACAAAAUUUAUUCGACCUUGAUGCUUGUUAUAAAGCAAAUUUGGAGCGACCGGACCGGAGCAGGAGGGGACAGAGAAGAAGAGAAAAGGAAACGGGGGGGGGGGGGACAAAAACAAAAAAAAGAGAGACAAGGACAACAGCAGCAACAACAACAAUUGUGACAGAACAACAGAAACAUACAGAACGACAUCAGCAAAUAAAUGUCCGUGACAACUAUAAAGACGAACAAGAAUAAAGGACAAAUCAAUAUCAACAACCACAAUGACAAAGCUGUCAAUGACAAUCAGACAUAAUAGCAGUCAUGAAACGAUGAACUAUGACAGUGAUCACAAUGACAAUACUGCAUUGAAACAGUCGCACACAAUAGCAGUCAUGAAAUGAUGAAUUAUGAUAGUGAUCACCAUGAUAAUACCGCAUUGAAACAGUCACACAUAACUGUAGUAAUGAAAUGAUUAUCCAUGAUAGUGAAUAGAAUCAAAGUUACUGUAAUGCACAUCAUUGUAAAAAAAAAAAAAUACAUAUACACACAUAUAUACAUACAUACACAUACAUAUAUAUAUAUAUAUACACAUAUAUACCGCACAUACACACAUAUAUAUAUAUAGUCAUACUGCUGAUAUCACCGUCGCUGUAAUAAAACCAACAACAUAAUAACACCCUGGUUAACUCAGUGAGUAAUGUGGGGAAGUACGUAUGUACUGUGAGUGUGCAUAUGUACAGGUAUCUCUGUAUGUAAGGAAGACUUCAUAUAUAUAUAAAGGUGCAGGAAUGUGUGGGCGUGUGAUUGUCACUGAGAGUGCAUGAAAGGAAAGGGGCCGCCUUCCACCUCCCAGAGAGCCCCGCCCCAAAUAGCAAGGCCGGGCCCCGGCCGCCAGAAGGCCACCAGGCCCAUAGGGGCAGGCAGCACAAAGAUCAGUGCCCCAAGAGCCAGCCCAGAGAGCCCCCCCCCCCCGGGAAGACCAGUAAGGGGCCGAAGAGAGGUAAUCCCAGCCAAGGACAGGGCGCCAGCGGGCCGGAGGACUGCCAACCCCUGAGACCAGCGAGAGAUCACACCCCACAAAGGCAGACGGGUACCGGGGGCCACAAACCGGCAGGCCCAGAGACGCCUCCACAGCCGGAAAGAAGCCCGCCCGCGCCGGAAGCGCCAAUUCCCGCCCACCGCCACCCCCACCCCCAGGGAGCGGAGCCCGGCCCGCCCCGGGCCAACCCCCGCCCGACCCCCGACACAGGGCCGCCCCGCCAAGGGAUGCAGGAGGCACACCCUCCACCCACCCGGCAGAGGCACGGGCGGCAGAGAUGUAUCGCCCAGCACCUGAGCCCACGGAGCAAACCCCUGUAUGCCCCCCCCUAAACUAAAAUAAAUAAAUAAAUAAAAAUACACACACGCACGCACAUACACACUCCUACGCACCCACACACACGCACAUAAACACUCCUACGCACAAACACACCCCUAUGCGCACGCUCAUACACACUCUUACUUACUCAAGCGCGCACACACACACACACACACACACACACACACACACAGUGGUCGACUGCCCGACACCCGGAAGCCCCACCCUAUCCCCCGUUGGUAACCCAAGGAGCAGCGGAGCCGGGGACCCCGGGGUCCCAGACAUACGAUCCAGAACCCAGGGGCGGAGAGCGCAGACCGCCGGGGAGCAGGAAGACACCCGGCCACACCCCCCCAGCGGUAGGACGCCGCCAGCGAGGCAGACAGGGGAGUCAGCGAGGAGGAGAGCGGGAAACUGAGCAGGCAGGCGGGAAAACGGG